GUCUGUCUUUAAUUAUUUGCUUCUCUGGCCCGCCGCCGUGCUGUGCGGACCGCUCCGGCGGACGCCGCCGCCGCCACUGCCGCCGGCCCCAUCUGCCACGCUGCCAAGGGCCGACGACCCCUGGCCUGGCCCUCGACCACAUAUCAGCACCCCCUCUCUUUCUCUCCAGUGGACGUCAGCCUUUUGUCUGUCUGCCCCCGAGCCCGCAGCAACCGGCACCAGCGCCGGUGACUUGUCUGCAGCCAUCAGAAAUACAAAUUGACGCCUGCCGCUAACCCCGCUCGCGGUCUUCUCCGGCCACGAUAUCCCCUCUCCUCUCCACCACUGCGUGCCCGCAGUCCAUUAGCUCCUCAUCUUGCGACCCCGCGACCCUACGACCCUAGAUUGCCCGUAACCAGACUGAGACUGAGCCAUGGCGGAGCAACCCGAUGUGCAGGCCGCCGAGCCCAUUGCUGUCAACCCCGAUGCGCAAGCGAUCGAGGACGAUGUCGACUCGACGCUGGGUACUGACAUUGCCAGCAGCACCGACUCGAUCGCGUCUAGCAUUCUCAAGUACCGCACCAUCCAGGGGCGCACCUUUCACAGCGAGCGCCAGAGCACCGAGUACUUUACGCCCAACGACGACCAGCAGCAGACCUCGGUCGACAUCACCCACCACUAUCUCACCAUCCUGCUCGGCGACAAGCUCCACCUGACCCCGAUCAAGGAACCAAAGAAAGUGCUUGAUGUCGGAACUGGAACAGGCAUCUGGGCCAUCGACUUCGCGGACCAGCACCCGGACACCGAUAUAGUCGGCACCGACCUGUCCCCGAUCCAGCCGUCGUGGGUGCCGCCCAACAUCCGCUUCGAGAUUGACGACUGCCUGGACGAGUGGACGUGGACCCCGGGCUCGUUCGACUUUGUGCACAUCCGCUACCUCUUUGGCGCGGUGCCCGACUGGAACGCCCUCUUCAAGAAGGCCUACGACGUGCUCAUGCCGGGGGGCUACCUGCAGAGCUGCGAAUGCGACGUCGAGAUCCUGAGCGACGACAACAGCUUGCCCCCGGACUCGGCCAUGGCCACCCUCUGGUCCAAGAUGUUUAGAGAGGCCGGCAAGAAGCUCGGCAACUCGUUCAGCGUGCUCGAGGAGGGCCUCCAGCGCAAGGGCAUGGAGAGUGCCGGCUUCGAGGACAUCAAGGAGGUCAACUUCAAGCUCCCGGUCGGUCCGUGGCCGCAGGACCCGAAACUUGCAGAUGUUGGCCGGUUUGUGCAGCUGACCAUGCUCAACGACAUUGAAGGCUACACGUUGUUCUUGUGGAAGAACGUGUUUGAGAACGAGAGCAUGGAAGCGUACCAGGUGUUCCUGGCACAGAUGCGCAAGGAGCUCAAGACGCCGAGCAUCCACGGCUAUAUGAAGGUCCGAUACGUGUAUGGACGCAAGCCUGAGGCGGCGGCGGCGGCGGCGUCAACGCCGUAAAGGAUGUGGAAUCGCGGGAACUGACGGGGCUGAGAUCUGGUCUCGAGUCCUCAAGUGAUAUCUAUACGGCUGAUACCACCGGUGUGGCAAGCAAAUAAUUCUCAUCUCAUUUCGGCGGCCGGAUCGCGCCGAUGCGCUUUGUGUAGAUACUCAAUCUUCGAGGCAUCGAAUGGGCCUGCAAGCUGGCGGAAAUCUCAUAAGCUGACUGCGCUGAUAUCGUGAAGCUUCACGCUUGCUUGGAACCCAAUCUGUGAACUCUGCGCGGCUCACUUGUGCCUCGAACUGGGCCGAUUUGACUUGACCGGAUGCAAAUAUAUAGCGGCCGGGCCAACUUCAAACUUACAAGCACGUGAGCAAGGGCAAUGCCAUACCGAUGUUCUGAGAAGUAGUGUGAAGGUAUAGUGAAAACAGCGUGGACAACGG